AUGGGCAUGGAGAACGUGGAGGAGAAACUCCACCGGCAGAACCUUGUGGAAGAGGCUAUUUUGAAAGGCUCUGUGGAGCAGGUGUUCAACGGGGAGGACAAGCCGAGAAGGUGCCCCACAGGGAGAGGCUGUAAAUCCACUGCCCAGAGCUCGGAGGAAGAAAGACUGACCAUCUGCGAGGAGUGUGGCCGGAGCUUCAGUCGGAGCUCAAACCUGGUGGUCCACCAGCGCCUGCAUGCCGGUGAGAAGCCCUACAAGUGCUUGGAGUGUGGGAAGAGCUUCAGCCGGAGCUCCCAUCUCAUCACCCAUCAGCGUCUGCACACCGGGGAGAAGCCCUACAAGUGUCCCGCCUGUGGGAAGAGCUUCAGCGACAGCUCCACCCUCAUCACCCACCAACGGCUGCACACCGGCGAGAAGCCCUACAAGUGUCCUGACUGUGGGAAGGGCUUCAACCAGAGCUCCAACCUCACAUCCCACCAGCGCACCCACACAGGGGAGAGACCCUACAAGUGCCCCGAGUGCGGGAAGAGUUUCAGCGUCAGCUCCUACCUGAUCCGCCACCAGAAGAUCCACACCGGGGAAAGGCCCUAUAAGUGUGAGGAGUGCGAGAAGACCUUCAGCCAGAGCUCCAGCCUCCUCAUCCACCGACGGGUCCACACGGGGGAGAAGCCCUACAGAUGUGUGGACUGUGGGAAGUGGUUUAGGAACAGCUCAGACCUCAUCCGGCACCAGCGGACACAUACUGGGGAGAAGCCCUAUCGCUGCCCCGACUGCGGGAAGAGCUUCAACCGCAGCUCCAACCUCCUGACCCACCGGCGCAUCCACACCGGGGAGAAGCCCUACGAGUGCCCGCAGUGCGGGAGGAGCUUCACCGUGAGUUCUGCCUUGAUCAAACACCAAAGGACCCACCGCGAAGGGAAGCCCUACGAGUGCCCUGACUGUGGGAAGAGCUUCAUCCGCUGUUCCAACUUCAUUAGCCAUCGGAGGACCCAUGUUGGGUAG